GUCGAACCAUGGCGGAUUAUAGUGCCUACAAAAAGACGCCAUUGCUAUUUCUGUCUAUGCAGGUGUCUCAUCGCAGGUGCCUGUCCCGUGCAGACCUUCAACACCGGGUUUUCACUGGACUCCGUCUUCUUUUCCAGUUCUCCUGAACAUGGACGUCGUCGACUACAGAAGUGAGUUAAGGAUGUCAGCCAGAGAAGUCAAAGCCUUCCUAGACGCGGACAGAUUCACGGCUGUCGGGGACGGGAUGCAGGAUGAUGUUGAAUAUAGAUUUGUGGAUGUCCUGCUGUUUGGUGGGGCGCCUUGGGGGUUCACUCUGAGAGGGGGUCUGGAGCACCGAGAACCACUGCUCAUAACCAAGGUGGAGGAGGGUAGCAAGGCGGCGACGGUCAGCCUGCAGGUGGGAGAUGAGAUCGUCAACAUCAACACAGUUCCCAUCAGUGGAUCCAGGCAGGAGGCCAUCUGUCUUGUUAAGAGCUCCCACAAGACCCUCGCCCUGGUCGUCAGAAGGAGGAAUGAACCAGUCUCCCGGCCCCAUUCAUGGCACUCCUCCAAGUUCACAGAAGACCACCCCGAACCCACAGAGAGUCACAUAGAGCCUCCACCUGCACCUCUACCUCCACCUGUGUGGCAGGUCAAACAUGAAGUCAGUGCAUCCGCAAAAGACCUUUCCAGCAGUGGGGACCACAACUCUAAUCUACGCCAGUUAUCCAGCCAGUUCAGCUCGGUGGGGAAUAUGGAGAGAGUAGAGCGCCCCUCACACCCCUACCCACCAGGAUGCCUCUCCCCCCAGCAGCCUGCUCCGGACCUAGACAACACUAACACUGCUGGGACAGAGGGCAGCAGGUUCUAUAAGGGGUCCAGACUCAGAGCAGUGAGGGGGAAGGCAGGGGAGCAGCGCCACAGCCGGUACCUCCAGCUGCCCCAGGGGGACGGAGGCUCAGAGAGCCCCAGGACAGUCCCAGAGGAGCAGCCUGGCUCCCGCUACUCCAGCUCAGGCUCUGGCAGAUCUGACAGCUUUGCUGCCACCAAGGUGUACCCUGCCUACACAGAGGGGCCUGGAGCUCCACCACAUGGGCAGAUGAAGGCCCAGGAACGAGGGGUGGACAGGUUGGCUGAGGCCCCAGAGAACAGCAGCUACAGAGGCCGGGGAGACCAUAUCUCUCAUUACUCUCACAAUGAGAACGGGCCAGACCACAGGUGCAGUUACAACCCUCCACCCCACAAGAAAGACUUCCUCCACCCAAACAUAGCAGCAGGAGCACCUGACUACAACCACAACCAGCUCAGCCACCCAAACAAACUGUUCUCGCUGUCUAGCCAGGACGUGAGACAGAGUCAGUCUCCCUUCACUUGCCUGCCCAACCACCAACGGCAGUACAGCGACGAAAGUACUUUCUACCUGCAGACCAGAUCCACCCCACAUCCACCGAAGCCGCAGAGUGUCGGUAGCUACUACCACAGCCUCCAGGAGCUCCCUACCAACCUCUGUAACAGCAGGAACCACGUAAGGUCCUCCACCGCGUCCCUGUCCACCUCGACCAUCGACCAGAACUAUGACGGCGGAGGACACAUCAGGUACUACUGCAUCACAACCAAGCAGCCAGCCCAGCCAGAGACUCGUGUUAGACAGAGCAAAGCAGAGGUCUGGAGGGCUGACAUGGAGCUAGCUAAGGGGUCCAACGACAGUGGCUCCACAAGUUCCUCCCACAAGACCAACAAGGUCAAGUAUCCUCCUCAUCCUCAGCAGCCUUACGCCGACAGCAACAGCAAGGAGCGGAACGGAAAUGUCAAACCGGACAAUGUUCUGCUUUAUGAGCACACAGCCUCCAGUUCCUUAUCUGGUAAACCUACCACUGAGGAGAAGGAGAGGGAGAGGAGGAGUGAGGGGCAGAGACCUUCUACAGAGGCUCAGCUUAGAAGCUCUUACUCUCCCAGUCCGCACAAGGACCACAAGGCGGCACCACUGAGAGAAGACCCUUGGGUCACUCAGGAGAACCAUAAGAUCUCUUCUCAAAAGACACCCAUGCUCCACAAAUCACCCUGCUAUGGCACCACCACCACCAUCCAACGGCGGGGGGACAACAACCACCCCAUACAGGAGGCUUUAACGGACAACACGGCAACGGGCAAACUGGCGAGCCGGCGACGAUACGCCACCACCCUCCGCAACGAGAUCCAGCUAAAGAGGGCCCAGCUGCAGAAAAGCCGGAGCGCGGCCACCCUGACCUGCCCCAGCGAGAUGGAGGAGCCAGAGGAGGAGACAGACCCGGGUGGGUGGAAGUCCACCUCCACCUCCUCCUCCGACGGCUCCUUUUCCUCCUCCUACAAGGACCACCUCAAGGAGGCGCAGGCUAGGGUCCUCCAGGCCACGUCCUUCAGGAGGAGAGACCUAGAACCUCCCGGUUCAGGGUCGGAGGCUCAGUUAACCAAACCCAACUCACACAUAGUCUCCCGCAUCGGCGGCCGCAAGCGUUUCCCUCUGAACAAGAGGGUCCACUCGUUCUCCGAGCCAGACAAGAUCAACAAGCUGGGAGUGGAGGGUGAGGGAGAACUUCCCGUUGGAACAGCACGGUCAUUUGUAGACCGGCGGAAGUUCUUUGAAAUGGCUGCUAAACCUGCCUUCUGCAGACCCAUCUCAACCAUCCACAAGUCAGGCCAGCAGAGCUCCAGCACCACCUCCAGCACUGGGGAGCACGGAGAGAGCAAGGCCAGAGGGAGAGCCCACUCAGGGGACACUGAGGAGGGCUGGAGGCCGGGCCUGGACAGUGAGAACUCCAGUGACCAGCACCCAGACCCCCUCAGCCCCGCAGACAGACAGGCCCUACUGGAGCAGCAGAGGCUGGGGACCUUCGCUGAAUACCAGGUCACCUGGAACAUGCAGAGGAAGGCUCCAGACACAAAGACCCAGGGGAGGUACCACUCUGCCGAGAACAUCCUGGACCAGGGAACAGAGGAGACGCCUGUCUGUGUCCAUGAGAGGUCCAGAUCAUCUCCCUCACAAGACUUCUACACACAGAAGAUCCCUGUGCCAUGGAGAGACUCUGUUGAAAAGCCGUAUCUGGAUCACAGACAGGACCAGCAAGGAGGCAGUUACACCACCAGAGGGCAGAGCGAGAGCCGAGACAGAGAGCAGCCCGACCAGUUCCCACAGCCUCCACAACCGUCUAUUCCAAGACUGACGGACACAGAACCACAGAGCAGCAGAGACGUGGCCACCCCCACCCCCCUCCCUCUCCCUCACCCCUCUGACCACAGACACAAACGUGACUCUGCGGACCCCGCCCACAACCUCCCCGCUCUCCCCCCGUACCCCUCCAACCACACCCACAGCUCUGUGUUUGAGCAACCACCACCACCACCACCUCCAACGCCUGCUCCCAAGCCCCAGAAUACAGGCCUCAUCAUCAUGCCACAUUGGCCUCUCCUAGGCCUGGAAACCUCCUCAACCACAUCCUCCUCCUACGGACACUCUUCCCAGGAAUUCCUGCCUGGUCCUGGCUCCCAUCAAGCUGACCCAGUAGAACCAUCAUCCAGCAGCAUCUGCUCUCCCCAUGGCACAGAGCUGGAUCCUGCCCCAAACCAAGCCUCCUCCAUGGGCUCCACCCAGCUCCCCUCUCCCACCCCGGGGAGAACCGCUGGACUGGACACAGAGGAGGAGGAGGGAGCAGCUGAUUCAACACUAGAGCCACCCUCCUCCUCCUCUUCCCACUCUCAUUUUUUCUCCUACCAGCCUCCCAGUCUGAUAGUUCCCUCUUCAAAUGGGACUAGUUCUCCUUCUCCUCAGUUUGCUCCUCAGAGGCUGACGGACCAGCCCCCUGUCUCUGUGUCCAUGCAGGAUGAAGCCCAGAGCAGGCCAGAGAACAGGACCAACGCUGUGAUGGAGAUGAGCAGUGUAGGGAAGAAGGUCCCUGUGAAAAUCGUCCACGCUGAGAGCACCACAGAGAGGCAGAGCCGCCAGUACCUGCUUCACAGUGAGAGAAAUGGGGCCCCUGGAGUUUCAGAGGGGCCCGACCUUCCCCCACCCCAACCGACCAACCUGCCCUCCCCUGAGCCGCAGCCCUACUCCCCUGUUCCGCGCCUACACCCCCCUACACACGCCAUCGGCCCCAUAGUCCCCCAACGGGACCCAACCCUCACUAUAGCCCCAGAAGAGGCCCUGUCCCCUGGGCAGUCUCAGACCAACGGCACCUCCGGUACCUCCACCAUGGGUCCCCAGCAGCCUCAGAAGAGUAACUCUGAGGAGGAUGUGAAGAGAGAGGAGCUGGCCAGAGACAUCAUGGACAAGGACAAGUCUCUGGUGGACAUCUUGGACCAGAGUAAGAUGAAGACCACCAUGGACCUGAUGGAGGGGAUCUUCCCCCAGGGGGAGCAGAUCCUGGAUGGGGGGCACCAGAGGAGAAAAGUCUCCCCCAAACAGGGAUUGCCACCCAGGGGCAUGGAUGACAGGAGAGAGGAGGAGGGCCUGUCUGCCGCCACAGGGUCCCUGGUGACCAGCUCCUCCUACUACAGUACGUCUGCCCCCAAGGCUGAGCUGCUCAACAAGAUGAAGGACAUGCAGGAGGACGAGCUGGAGGAGCUGGAGCAAGACUCAGAGGACGAACUGGACAUCAACCUGGCCAGCAAGAAGCAAGAGCUGAUUGACAGCCUGAGUAAGAAGCUUCAGGUGCUGCGUGAGGCCAGGGAGAGCCUUCAGGAGGACGUCCAUGAUAACAACUCUCUGGGGGACGAGGUGGAGGCCACGGUGCAGAGGGUCUGCAAGCCCAACGAGCUGGACAAGUUCAGGAUGUUCGUGGGAGAUCUGGACAAGGUGGUCAGUUUGCUGCUGUCCCUUCCGGCCGACUGGCCAGGUGGAGAACGCGCUCAACAGUCUGGAGGGGAAGACACCACACCAGAGGGAGAAGAGAAGAGGGAAGCUGUUGAUCAGACAACAUGA